AUGAUUACAGAACCAGAUCUUACUCCAAGAGUCAAUCCUCGUUUUGCACCAGAACGUGGUACUAAAGUUGCUGUAUCUCAAGAGUUUGUACGCUCAACAAGAGAAGAUUUACUCAAACCUUCGCCAAGAAAACAGCAAACGCGCUCAUAUUCACAAAAAAUCGAAGCAGAUAAAGUACUAGUCGAUAAGUUAAACGAAAAAUUAGAAAUGUACGAUCGCUCGCACAAAGUUAAAAGUAUAAUUUAUUCACAAGAUUAUGAUGAACACUAUGCCAUACCAUUACAGAGGAGGAUCAAUCAAGCACUCGAGAAAGAGAAUUACGAGAAGUACCUUGAAGCAAAAUAUAAAAAUAUUGACGAACUUACAAAACAUCCAGUGCCAGUGAACUCCGAUAGAGAGUCUGGACAUAUAGAAUUACUUAGAUAUUCUGUUAAAGGAUUACAUGAUCCAGGAAACAAAUACAGAGAACAAUUAGAAAAAGAAAAUUCUUUUGAAGAAUUUCUUGCCAAAGCAAAUGGAGAGCCUCUUCCUGAAAAGAAAGCUAAGUCACUCAAUACUCUUGACUACAAACGCUAUGAUCAGAUGGUUCAUACCAGAUUUUGGCUUGGAACGGAAAGUACUAAUAAAUACGGGCGCAAAGCAUUCCCAGACAGGCUUCCAGAAACAAUGAAGUUAGAAACAUUCCCAGAUCAAGAAAAAUAG